UGAAAACUGGUGAAAUGAGACCGUUACAUUACAAAUCCCAUUUCUAACAAAAUUACAAUUCACUCCCUCACCUGUCAACAAUUUCUCCCUCUCUCCGUUCCCCUCGCUGCCAUCGAUUCCCUUCUUCCGGCUGCAAACUAUAAUCUCUUAGUAUUUCUAAGCAGCCAACUUAUUGAGGCCAUGACCAUUAUGAAGAAGCAGCAUUCUGGACGUAGUGUUACUUUGCAAGUAUUUGAUAAAUUGGUGGAGGAGAUUGGAUGUCCAGUUGACUUUGAACUUCCUGAAUGUUUAAAUAAAUGGAAACCUACACCCUACUCCUUUAUCAGGCGCAAUGUAUAUCUUGUGAAGAAGGUUAAAAGGCGUCAGGAGGACGAUGGCAUCUUUUGUUCAUGCAGCUCAAUGGCUGGAUCAUCUGGGGUUUGUGGCAGAGAUUGCCUAUGUGGCAUGCUCAUGUCGAGCUGCUCUUUUGCCUGUAAUUGUGGGAUCUCCUGUGUGAAUAAGCCAUUCCAUCAACGACCUGUGAAAAAGAUGAAAACAGUUGAGACUGAGAAAUGUGGACUGGGAGUUGUGGCUGGGGAAGAUAUUAAGCAAGGAGAGUUCGUGAUAGAAUAUGUUGGAGAAGUGAUCGAUGACAAAACAUGUGAGGAAAGGCUUUGGAAAAUGAAACACCGUGGAGAGACAAAUUUUUACUUGUGUGAAAUUAAUAGAGACAUGGUGAUUGAUGCAACUUACAAGGGAAACAAAUCCAGAUACAUAAAUCACAGUUGCUGUCCCAACACUGAGAUGCAGAAAUGGAUGAUUGAUGGUGAAACAAGAAUAGGUAUAUUUGCAACUCGUGAUAUUGUAAAGGGCGAACAUCUGACCUAUGAUUAUCAGUUUGUUCAAUUUGGAGCAGAUCAAGAUUGCUUCUGUGGUGCUACAGGCUGCAGGAAAAAGCUAGGAGUUAAGCCUAAUAAAUUGAAAAUGCCUUCAGAUGCUGCAUUGAAGAUAGUAGCAUGUCAAAUGGCUGCCAAUUCUCCGAAAAUGAAAGCAGCUCUAUCCUCCCUCAAAAAAGGGAUUACAGCCUCAAAUAAUUCUGAAAAAAUAGGAAAACAUGUCCAUUCAAAUGGAAUUCCUGCUGUAGGAGGUUUAGGUUGUAAAUCUAUUUCAAGAAGAAAACCUCAUAAUUGCAUUGGUUCAGUAAUAAGAAUUAUUCGCUCUUUGGAUAAGAGGUCUUUUGGGAUAAUAAAACGAUUUGAUAAGGCCACAAGAAGACAUUCGAUCAUGUUUGAAGAUGGCAGUUCAGAGUUUCUAGACUUGUCAAAAGAAGAAUGGGAAUUUUACAACCAUUAAUCUAACUUGUAUUAGAAGUAAGAAUUAAUGUAACAGAUCAAGCCCCUGUUCUAACUCAUUACACAGAGACAUUUACUGCUUCAGCCCAAUCGGCAGGUUGUACCAUUUCCUGAUCUCAAUUCUUUCAGACAAUAAGUUCACCUUUAUGUUUCGUCUUACGAAUAAUAGUAUAAGCAAUGCAAAUGUAAUUUUAGCUUAGAAUUUGAAUGAUUAGAAUAUGCAGAAUUUGAAACAGUGUUGUUAACAGCAUUUCACUUGAUAAAAUGCAUUUAACUUUGAACUGCCCUUUU